GGCUCCUCUCCACCUGGUUCCUGGGCUACGACACACCUCGGACCGACCCACCUCGGACUGUCUCUCCCAGGCCCAGGCAGCACUGGAGGUCUGAGGCUGCCAACGCCGCGGGGGGAACUUAGUGUGGGCGGAACUCGAGUGCAGCGGCGGGAGGCUUCCGGGGGAGCCGCAAGGCCAACGGGUCGGCGGAGGCAGAAAAGCGUCGGACGCCGGGCCGAUCAUGGACGCUUGACAACCUGCGGACAGGCGCCGGGAGGCCGAGCCAGCGACCGAGAGGACGGAGAGGCGGCGAGGGCAGAUCUCAAGGCCAGAGAAUGGCAGGUGAACAGAAACCCUCCAGUAAUCUCCUGGAACAGUUUAUUUUACUAGCCAAAGGUACCAGUGGCUCAGCCCUCACUGCUCUCAUAAGCCAAGUGUUGGAGGCUCCUGGAGUAUAUGUCUUUGGAGAACUGCUGGAGCUGGCCAAUGUUCAGGAGCUUGCGGAAGGAGCUAAUGCUGCAUAUUUGCAGUUGCUGAACCUCUUUGCCUAUGGAACAUACCCAGAUUACAUAGCCAACAAGGAGAGCCUGCCAGAACUGAGCACAGCUCAGCAGAACAAGCUGAAACACCUUACCAUCGUGAGCUUGGCGUCGAGAAUGAAGUGUAUCCCCUACUCCGUGCUGCUGAAGGACCUGGAGAUGCGGAAUCUCCGGGAACUAGAAGACCUCAUCAUCGAGGCUGUCUACACUGACAUCAUCCAGGGGAAGCUGGACCAGCGAAACCAGCUGCUGGAAGUGGAUUUCUGCAUUGGCCGUGACAUCCGAAAGAAGGAUAUCAAUAAUAUUGUCAAGACCUUGCAUGAAUGGUGCGAUGGCUGCGAAGCAGUUCUGCUAGGCAUCGAGCAGCAAGUUCUGCGAGCCAACCAGUACAAGGAGAACCACAGCCGAACUCAGCAGCAGGUAGAGGCAGAGGUUACCAACAUUAAGAAGACACUCAAAGCCACCGCCUCCUCCUCGGCUCAGGAGAUGGAGCAACAGUUGGCUGAACGGGAGUGUCCUCCUCACGCUGAGCAGAGGCAGCCCACCAAGAAGAUGUCCAAAGUGAAAGGUCUGGUCUCCAGCCGCCACUAGGGCCGGCUGGGGCAGCUGGCACUCACCAGGCCUGGGUCAGGUGGGGAGGGGACACCGAGGGCCUAUUUCCUCCCCUCUCUACCUUCAGUGAGUUCCAGACCUGCCCGUCCCCUCACCAGCGCCUCCCACCCUGUUGGUACUGUUCCAGAAGAACCGUUAAUCCUCCUCACCCAUCCUCUCCUCCCCCAGUUGUUCCUUCAGACUCAGGGGCUCCACUGAUGCCAUCCCAACAGGGUCAGACACUGCCCAGCUUCCCUCCAGGAGGUUCUUGUGUUUGUUUAAGGGCUGUCUCCCUCCCAGUUUUUCUUUUGCUCCAUGUCAUUUUGUCAGGCUGGUCAUAAGCCGGAGGCAGCUUCAGCCGGCCCACAGGGAUGACGGUGAAGGAGGCUUCUCUCUGGGGAGGAGGGUCUGCCUUCUCCAGCCCCAAGUACCACAGGCCCACACUGGUGCAGGUGACCUCUAGCCGGGUAUCAGAUGCUUUCUUUUCCCUCUCCUGCCUUAUCCCUUGUUGGCAGCUCCGAUCAGGCCACGGAGGGAUGUGAUGCUGGGCUAUGUUUACUAAACCUGCGGGUUUUCAGCCUCUUAAGCCCAGCUCCAAUCUCUCAUUAGUUGGGAGCACUGGGUUGACUAACCUCUGGUAUGUGAGCACCAGUGGAGGGUGCUACGGGUCUGUUGGGUGGCAGAAGUUUCUUCCGGUUUGGUGUUCUUUGCUGGCCAUGCUUCCUGCUGCCACCUGACUCCUCAGACUGGUUUUCAGUGUGAAGGUCCCAGCUGCUGCAAGGGACUGUCUGCCGACACUUGCUCUCCCGAGAUCUUUUAUCCCUCCCAGCGACGUCCAAGCUGGGGAUGGUAGUGCCGAGGGCCCUCUGUCUGGUGAAGGACCUGCUGCUGCUUCUGUCUCUCUUUCCACCCCUCCUUGGCUGAUGACCCAGAGCCCUCUGAUGAUGGCAUUCUCCUGGCAAGAGAAAAGGACUUGACUAGCCUUUCUGAACUUGAACAGUUUCAGGUUAUAUUUUAAUUUUUUUUUUUGUACAGGUUCUGAUUCUAAUACAUUUCAACAUGCUUUUUUUCC